AUGGAUUCUGGGAUCGAAUAUGAUCCCAGAAAUGUGAGGCUCAUUCGGCCUGGCCGCGCAGACAAGAAAGUGUAUUUCCAGCUUGCCGAUAAGAAGAUUUCUACUCAACUAUUUCACACGGUCUUCAAGCAGACGGCAGACCACAAGGAGUCAAAGCAUGAAUGCGGCGAUGAGGCGAUUGAGAUACUUGCCCACAACUUUGCUUCCAAGGUGCCAGACCAAGUUUUCAGUCCGGCUGAAGUUUUGUCGUUCCUAUUGGAGCAGAAGAACUCGCCUUUUGGCGCUGUUACUAGUGUUGAAAACUGGGUAGCGAAGACAAAGGCUGGGAGCCAACUGAAGAGAGAGGGUUCCUGGGUACAAGAAGGACGUUAA